AGUGUUUUUCCACAAGCGCCAAAACCAUUUUUAAAACUUUUUGAGGAAACAAAAGAGAAAGCGUGCCCAAAUCAGAACCAUCACUUUUGCGUUCGUUUUAUUAUUUUCUUUCAAUCAACACUAGGAGGGAAAUAACGUAACAGAAGGAAGACUUACUGUGAGAUAUCCCGUCAUCUGUUUAUUACAGGAACAACUUUGUCUGGAAGUCCCCAGAAAUUGAUUUGGGCGAUUGUAGAUGGGUGUUUUAGAGCUUUUUCUUUCUUUCACUCUUUCGUACUGCGGAUGACGACUCAUUUUUAAACUGGACGUUUAGUCCGUUUUCUUUCUUUCACUCUUUCAUUUAGCAAAUGACGAUUCAUUUUUUAAAUGGGUGUCUUAGUCCUUUUUCUUUCUUUCACUCGCUUGUUUAGCAAAUGACGGUUCAGUUCGAGAACGAGAAGAAAGACUUGGCGGCCACAAUGCGCUCCAAGAAGGAGUACCGGAAGAAGACGAUGACGUUGCGCUUACGUCAGAAGGAGCAGCAACAGACAUCGGAGCUGGUGAAGAAACAGAGUCAGGUCAUGCUGGAGAUGUUGGUGAAGGAGCAGGAAGAGCUCAAGGCCGAGAUCACUAGGGAGUUGGCGGAGGUGGCGGAGAGCGAACAGCUGACCUACACCGACCUUGUGAGACAGCUCACUGAAGAUCUUGUUUCAGAUCUAGAGAAGGCCAGGUAGGACAUGGUGUGGUGUCGGUGGCUUAGUGGUUAGGCUCU